AUGUCGGCCACCGCCAGUACCUCAGCAACUCCCGCUGCUGCAGCCAAGAAGAGGCCGCAGCGUGCACCACAACCCAUUCGUCCUUCGCAAGGUCCGCUCAAGUCUACAUGGCAUUCUAAAGAGAACAAGUCGUCUUGGAAGCUCCAUCAUUACUUGUGCCAUAUCAUCGGCCUAGAUUUCAUCCCAGAGGGUUCCACUGCCCCCGUGCACGAGAAGGACGAUCCGGUUCCCGUCUGGAACAACGCACAGUUGCACCUCUGGAUUGCCAUGCGCGUAUUGCCCGCGAUCGGCAUCCAGUACGCUUACACGAAGUGGGCAGGUCGUAAUCUCCACCCGAUCGCCAACAUUCUCUACUGGUCCGUCUACAUCAGUCUCUUUGGUAGCAAUCUCAUCAACGCGCUCCGCAAACUUUCCAGCCAGCGUGGCUUCCUCCAACCGCAGGCAUCGCGCGAUGGCAUUCCCGACCUCAAGGUUUCGCAGGUGCUCAACUCGUUGAUCAUGGUUGCCCUCUUCCGACCUGCAGCGGCCACCUUGGUGAUUUACGACCGCGACGCACCUAUGACGCUGUCGCCCUGGUUGCCGCUCAUGGUCCCCGCGUUCGCCGUUGCGGUCGACUUUUGGUUCUACUGGUACCACCGCAUCAUGCACGAGUCUGAUGCACUGUGGCGCUUCCAUCGAACUCACCACACCGCAAAACACCCUACACCUGCUCUCACGCUCUACGCCGACAUGGAGCAGGAAUGGUUCGACGUCGUCUUUGUUCCUGUUCUCGCCUACUUCACGCUGACGCCCAUCUUCAACAUGUCGUUCUUCGACUGGAUGAUCUGCUGGACCCACGUCAUGUUCAUCGAGGUCAUUGGCCAUUCGGGUCUGCGCAUCACCGGAACCGCCCCCGCAUUCGACCUUUUCCCCAUGAAGAGGUUUGAUGUCGAUCUGGUCAUCGAGGACCACGACAACCACCAUUCGCGCGGCUGGAAGAAGUCUGGCAACUACGGCAAACAGACUCGCGUCUGGGAUCGUCUCUUUGGAACCGUCCUGCCUCGUGUUGAGACGCUGGACCACUUGAUCGACCACUCGGACACCGUCAGCAUGCCCCAAUAUUAA